AUAGCCUCUAUAAAAGAAGCUGGUUGGAAGCUCAAUCACUAAGAAGCAGUUAGAGUCCCUCAUCGGAAAAAUGAGAGGUUUGAGCCUUCUAUCUCUUGGUGGUUGCUUUGACGGCUGCUUUGACCACACUCAAGCCUGUGGAUUAGGGACAAGGAUUUAUAACCUCAGUGACAGGCCAGUGGAGCUGCAGAUAAGGGUGGGGUCAAUACUGAAGAAGGUUCACACUUUGAAGCCAGGGUCUUCUAAGAGAGUGAAGAGUAAACACAUAUACAAAGCAUAUGUGCCUCAUGCUGGAAGGAUCAGAGGCAGUGAUGUUGGGGGAUUGAAGAGCUUGUUGUAUUACUAUGAUGAAACUUGUCACCCUUAUAUUUGGAUUCAUGACAUUGGGGGUAAUUCCUUGAGGAUGGUGAAGCAGCAGUAUUUAAGCCUUGAGGAUUUGAAGGAGUUUUCUGAAAUCAGGAUCUUGAGGGAUCAGCAGAGAGGUUGUAUAUCAGUUUGUAAGAGAAAUAGACCUGAUUUCUGCUGAGUUAGAAGCCUAAAAUGCAGUUCUGGCUUAUUUCAAGAGUUAAGUUUGUUUAAGCUUUUUACUUCUUGCUUUUUAGUUUUCUUUAUUAGUUGAUAUUAAUUUCAGAAUGCAAUGGUCUGUGAUCAAUGUUUAAUUGGUGUGCUGAAAAUGUAAGAUGGAACUAGCUUCCUGCAUCCAAAUUCUAAAGAGAUUUAAUAAAAGCCGCUCAUGAGCUUUUACUCGGUGUA